UUGUACUGUGACGUAAAAGGCAAAUGAUAUACGUGCGGCACGUGAGACUUGCAUUUGGACCAUUGUGACCCAUUAAACUUAGCAGUAAACAUUCAAAUAUAUUGAAAUGUUUAUUUUCAUAUCUUAUACACAUUACAUAUUACCAAGUCAUAGCGUCAGGAUCGUUUGCAUUAUUUACAGUUCAGUUCAGUUUCUGGGAUGAUGGGAUCCCGGAAUAGGUUGGCCCACAUACAAAGUUGCCAAACCUGUUUAAAAAUGUGGAUAAACUAGUCGAGCUGACACACCACGAUCAGUGUAGUUUCAGAUACACAUAGCCAUUCACAAAGCGUCGCUACUGCUUUGCAUACGAUUUCGAAAAAAGAACUCAAGUCGCUGAGUGAAAUCAAGGAUUCGGCCAGAUGCCAGUCUAAACCUGUCGAGAUAUAGACAACAAGAGUCCGUGAGUUCAAUCAGAAACGCGUCUAUCACAUCAGGAUGGGUGCCUUCAAGUCUAAACAGUUUAAAAAGACUCCCCAGGUUCUCCUUAUGGGCUUGGAUUCGGCUGGGAAAUCUACUUUGCUGUACAGACAGCAGCGUGGUGUGGUGAUGGAGACCUCGCCUACUGUGGGCUUCAAUGUCGCGACUGUACAGCUGGACAAGAAGACCUCGCUGUCCGUGUGGGACGUUGGGGGACAAGGAACCAUGAGGCCCAAUUGGAAAUACUACCUAGAGGGAUGUAAGGUCCUGGUUUUCGUGGUGGACAGCAGUGAUCGAUCCAGGAUGGGAGAAGCUCAGAAAGCCCUGAAGAAGAUUCUGAGUGAUGAGCAUUUGAAAGGAGUUCCCCUGAUGGUGCUGGCGAACAAAAAAGAUCUGCCAAACUCUCUGACUAUUAGAGAUGUGUCUAUAUUGCUGGAGCUGGAAAGCUGCACAGAUCGGGAGUGGGAGAUCCAAGCUUGCAGCGCCUUGAAGGGACUUGGUCUCCAACAAGCCUUUCUCUCUAUAGCUAAACUAAUGCAAAAAGCAUAAGUAAGAUACUAUCUAGGAAACUAGACAAUACAUUGAAUGCAGUUAUAACUUGACAGUCUCCUUUUAUCUAAGCAUAAACUUAA